ACCGAGAACAGGCAGCGCCAUGGCAGUCGGCAAGAACAAGCGCCUUACGAAAGGCGGCAAAAAGGGAGCCAAGAAGAAAGUGGUUGAUCCAUUUUCUAAGAAAGAUUGGUAUGAUGUGAAAGCACCAGCUAUGUUCAAUAUAAGAAAUAUUGGAAAAACAUUAGUCACAAGAACUCAAGGAACCAAAAUCGCAUCUGAUGGCCUCAAGCGUCGGGUUUUUGAAGUGAGCCUUGCUGAUUUGCGGAAUAAUGAAGUUGCAUUUAGAAAAUUCAAGCUAAUUACUGAGGAUGUUCAGGGCAAAAACUGCCUGACUAAUUUCCAUGGCAUGGAUCUUACCCGUGACAAAAUGUGCUCCAUGGUCAAAAAAUGGCCGACCAUGAUCGAAGCUCAUGUUGAUGUCAAGACUACCGAUGGUUAUUUGCUUCAUCUAUUUUGUGCUGGUUUUACUAAAAAACGCAACAACCAGAUUCGGAAGACCUCUUAUGCUCAGCACCAACAGGUCGGUCAAAUUCGGAAAAAGAUGAUGGAAAUCAUGACCCGAGAGGUGCAAACAAAUGACUUGAAUGAAGUGGUCAAUAAAUUGAUUCCAGACAGCAUCGGAAAAGAUAUAGAAAAGGCUUGUCAGUCUAUUUAUCCACUUCAUGAUGUCUUCGUUAGAAAAGUAAAAAUGCUGAAGAAGCCCAAGUUUGAAUUGGGAAAGCUCAUGGAGCUUCAUGGUGAAGGUAGUAGUUCUGGAAAAGCUACUGGGGAUGAGACCGGUGCUAAAGUUGAACAAGCUGAUGGAUAUGAGCCACCAGUCCAAGAAUCUGUUUAAAAGUCAGACAUUUAAUGGUGACAAAUAAAAAAAUCGUAUUUGUGAUGUUUAAAAAAACAAAACAAAACAAAACAAAAA